CUUCCUCCUCCUCAUUGUUUCUCUUCAAACCCACCACAACGCCUCACCUCACCUCCAUUUUUGUUCUUCAAUCGGCUCCUCUCCUCCUCAGGUGGUGUGUUGGCAGAUGUAUUUGGAACCCCACUUACCUGACAGUCCCAGUUCAGCAGUUCCCAGCCGAUCUUGGAGGCUUGUUUUGCUUAUUUGCUCCCAAUCCCCGAAGGAACAACCAAAACCUAUUUAUUUUUCAGCUAAAGCUUCAUUUCAUACAAGCUGCAGUAACCCAGAUAUUCACGGGCUCUCAGUGGUGGGCAAAUGAAAGAAAAAUCAAACUUUGAUGGAAAAAGUAUGGAGAUUUAGAUUGUGUUUUCUACACAAAGGGCCAAACCAAAUCAUCAGAGCACUGCGCAUGUUGCCAAUUUGCCACUUUUCAUCUCCAAAGGUAUGCCCUACUAACAAAACCAAGAAAAUUUUCCAGGAAAAUCUUGACCCAGAAAGAAGUAAAUGCACUCUCACUCAUCAGAAUGUGCAUUCCACUUUAUUGAACUGUCCUUCGGAUUUGAUUGCACUGAGAUUCUUCUUGUGGUGUGCUCAACAACCUAAUUUUUUUCACAAUAGGAUUGUGUUUGACCACAUGGUUGGUGUGAUCAAGCGCGUGAUGGAACGGUACAAAACAGUUAAAUCGGUUGUUAGGGAAUUAGCGACUGUAGGGUGUGUUAUAAAAUCUCAGACAUUUUUGCUCUUGCUGAGGAUUUAUUGGCGUGGCAGAAUGUAUGAGAUGGUCUUUGAGGCAAUUGAGCAAAUGGGUGCUUAUGGUUUUACUCCAAACACGUUUGUGCGUAAUGUAAUCAUUGAUGUAUCGUUCAAAAUUGGGCGUGGUGAUUUAGCUUUUAAGUCUCUGAAAGAGACCCAAGUGCCAAAUUUUUUGACUUUUAAUAUUACGCUGUGUAAUUUAUGUAAGUUCAAUGAUUUGUUCCAUAUUGGAGAUGUGUUGAGAAUGAUGUUGCGGUGGGGGUAUCACCCAAAAGUUGAGACAUUUGAGAUGCUUUUGAACUGUUUUUGCAAAAUGGGUAAUAUAGUGGAGGCGCAUCAAGUUUUGGGUCUAAUGAUUACUUUGGGCGGCUCUAUGUCUGUAAAUGUUUGGAGUAUGUUAAUCUAUGGGUUUUGUCGAUUGCAGAGACUUGAUGUUGCUGGUAAAUUAUUGGAAAAGAUGGUUGAGACUGGUUCUUCUCCUAAUAUUGUAACGUACACAACUUUAAUCAGAGGAUUUUUAAAGUCUCACAUGGUUGGCGAUGCAUUCAACGUUUUAAGUAUUAUGGAAUCUAAAGGAGAUGCCCCUGAUCUGGUUCUUUGUAAUGUGUUAAUAGACUCCCUCACCAAGGUUGGGAGGUACGAUGAUGCUAUUGAUGUUUUUGUUGGCAUGCGAUCACGAAAAUUGUCUCCCGAUUCGUAUACGUUCUGUUCAUUGUUAUCCGCCAUAUGUUCUUCUAGGAGGUUUUCUCUGUUCCCCAAGUUGGUUUGCGGACUUGACAUAGAAGCUGACUUAUUAGUAUGUAACUCACUUCUCAGUUAUUUCUGUAAGUCGGGGUUUCCAGCUCUGGCUGUGAAGUUUUAUAAGGUUAUGCUCGAUAGAGGUUUUACAGCCGAUAAGUAUACGUUUGUUGGAUUAUUAAAUGGACUAUGUAAAGCUAGAAGAGUUGACCAAGCAGUUGAUGUGUACCAUGGGAUUGUCAUGAAUUACCCUGGUCAGGAUGCUCAUAUUCAUACUGUUCUUAUAGAUGGGCUUAUAAAGGUUCGUAAAUUUGAUAGAGCCAUUAGCAUAUUUAAGAAAGUAGUUUCUGAGAGAUAUGCACUUGAUGUUGUAGCUUAUGCGGUUACCAUUCGUGGACUUUUUAUGGGUGGUAGAACUGAAGAGGCUUGUUCACUUUAUCGCCAAAUGAAGGAGGUUGGUUUGACACCUAAUGAAUAUACUUACAAUGUAAUGGUCUCUGGCUUUGUUAAAGAAAGAGAUCUUAAUAUGGUUAAUUUAAUGCUACGAGAGAUGAUUGAAGCGAAAGUACGACUGAGCUACAAUACUGUCUUGAGAUUAUCAAAAUUUCUUUGUAGAUCAUAUAAUUUGAUUUCAGUUAUUGACCUAUGGAUUGAGAUGAGAAAUUUGGGCUUGAUAUCUGCUGAGGUAAUGCAUGAAUUACUUCCCGAUGAAGUUGUUGAAGGUGUGAAAGGAGAUGAUGGUCACAUUACAUUUUCGGAUGCUUAUUCAGAAACUGAUCUACAUGUGGAGACAUCUGGCUCUGAAGACUUCUGUGAUGUGGCUGCUUCGAUAGGUUGAGACUUAUAUGGUUAAGAUAUGCCUCUUGAAUGUCUUUUCUUGGAAAUUCACGAUUUUGAAUGCUAUUUCGUCUAGCAUUCUAAAGCUAGCACUUUAUAGUUUGGUGGUGGAGCAUCAAGUAUAUAUGAUAUGGCAGGCAAAGGCAAGAAUUUUUUCAAAGCAAAUGUCGAAUGCUUGAUUUGGAGAAAAGCUCCACAUGAGAUAGUCCCUACACUACCACCACAUGUACGGGAAAACAACAAAGACAAGCCUUUGUAAAAACCACAGAAAGAUGCAGAUGAGGCUUAUGUCAAACAAGUUUCAUUCCAAGGGGAAGUAGAAGUGAGUCUAGAGGUGAGCAUAGAAGGGAAAGUAAUCCAAGUGCCACGUUCCAAUUAUCUCAAUCGGAUGAUGUUGAGAGCAAGUCUUGGAAUCUCUGGGUGCAUGGUGCUGGUAUAUAUCCUUGUCUCUUGCCCCUACUAAGCAAGCCUCUUGGACACCAUUUUUUGGGUUUGAAAAAUCCAUCUUUUAUUUUGAAAAUGGAACUCGGUGGCGCUUGCUAGAGAGUUAUUCAAACAUUCAAACACAUAUAUACAACUCCUCAAUGUACACAACCUUAUGUAACCUGAUGACAUGUUUACUUAUUUGGAAAGGGAAGGGGGGAGAUGAUGGGUGUUAGAAGUAGUAGUUGAUUCAAUUUUAA